GUUGCGGAAGUGCUGGAUAAAAUUCUCCAAAAUUGUCAAUAAAAUGAUUAUUUGGAAAUACAUGAUUUAGCAGAAAUGGAAGAGUUGAGUUCAAAAGAGAGAUUGUUUCAGUUUUGGAUGAUUUAUACGACGAAGACUGAUCCAAAAGCAUUACACGACUAUAUCGAACUAUUUAUAGAAACAUACAGGGAUCUGAUAGACUAUGAUUUGAAUCAUUUAACUGACGGGUUCUCUGAAGAAGGUCCACAUCUGACCAAAUUGCCUGAUGGGAUACUACAGGUGCUUGGCAACCAGUUGAAUCAGUGUUGCUGUGGUGAUGACCUAGAUACGAUCAAACUAGCAACAAAUAUUGUCAAAUGUUUAAUUGUUCUGUGCAGGAAUCAUGAUAAUGUGCAGUUAGUAGCAUCAUGCGAGUUCACAAGUUAUGCUGUUAACAUCGCCACUGCUGUUGUAAAUAAGAUUAAAGGAAACAUGAUAGAGGAGGAGUUACAACAACAUAUCAUUUUCCUGAAACUAACGCUACAUUUCUUCGAAUGUUUGUAUGAUCCAUAUUUUAUAUGGCGGAAAAGACUGCUAGGAUGGACUAAGAAGCUGUCUAGUUCAAAUUAUAAGCCAGCUCUGCUACAUGUAGAAAUCAUACCAUUCUUUCAUGAUUGUUUCCAGAAGAGCUGGUUACCGGCAGAUUUAAAGGUACACUUGAUACACGUGUUUGGUGCUAGUAUAUCCGGAUCUCAGCAUAAUGCGUUGAGUGCAGUUACCCCGGCAACCUUGGAUGUUCUUCUCAAGAUUCUGGCUUCUAACGGAUCAGACAAGCCAACCAAUGAACAGAGAGAGGAAAUGCGGGGGCUGAAAAAUCUUGUGCUGAAAUGUAUGGUCAGAAUGAUUCAUGUGAUACAUUGCUGUAGUCCUGACCUGCGUCAAGUGGAAGUAAGCCAUAUAAUGGAAGGAUAUAUGCAGGUGUUACUAAACUUUGAUUCACAGCUAGAGGACGACAUGCAGUUAGCUAUGAUUGGUGCUAUAAAUGAGAUGUUAUCAUGUGAAGACCCCAGUGCACUGCAGGUGAUCCUAGUUGGUGCUGGGACAUUUGAUGCCUUUGUGUCAUUGCUACAGAAAACUUCGCUUUGUGGAUCAGAAGCACAGACCCUUGCUAUGUCAGUGUUAAAGGUGAUGACCACAGUUCUAACUGGCUCAGGGAACGCCAAGGAGAGAUUCAAACUCAGAGUGGGGUACGGAAGAUUUGUCGAGGUACUCAAGAGUCUUGGCCAGCCUUCCAUGGAUCUUCUUAAAUCUGUACUCCAUUUGGUUGUUGAAGGAGAUUAUGAGGAGAACUGUACAUAUAAUAUACAUAACACCCAUGCUGCAAUCAUGCUCAUCCAAUGGCUGCCUGACAUUCAGUCACAUGACCUACAGAUAUGGCUGGCGGAACAUUUACGACAGUUGUGUAGCUCCAAUCAUAAUAACAAGAUGAAUUGUUGUAAUAAUGGGAUGAUUGUUGCCAUUUUGUGUGUAUUAGGGCGAGAGAAACAGAUUAACCCUGCAGCAGUCAGUCAUUUGAUUGGUCUAUUAGAAUCUCUUGGGACCCAAUCAAUUACAGCCAUAGAACUUAAACAGUUGAUUGGACUACUCAGACUAGAUGAUGAAGAAAAGCAGAACACAUACUGUAGUAGACUAAUGCGUGCAAUGUCUACCAUGGCCAGACGAGAGGGAAAAGAGGGUGCUCUCCAUUUCUUUAAUAUUCAAGACCCAACAGAUGGUAUUCAAAGUUGGCAAUUGGGAUCAGGAAAAUGGCCAGGGGCGGCGGGUUCUUCAUUCCACUACAUGAGUUUCUUAUCAAAUUCUGGUUGUGGUUUUGAAUGUUUUGUGAGUGAUUCAGGGGAGCUCACUAUUGCUGUGUUUAGUAAAAAAGAUUAUAAUGGAGUUACUGUUCCUGAUGUGGAUCUACAAGAUGGUCAUUGGCAUGACGUUUGUGUAGUGCACACCAACUCUAAGCGACCUUUUGUUGCCAGUCAGCUUUAUGUAUACGUAGAUGGUAAACAGAAACACAACUCUCAACUCAAGUACCCUAACAUGAGUGAGGCGCUCACCUCUUGCCGUGUUGGCUGUAUGGUAUGGCAAAGUCAGUCCGACUCCUGGCACAAUGAUACUCAUCUUAACUCAACAGUAGAUAACAAGAAAACAUCACCCUUGAAGUCUUUCCUACAACACGCAGUGAAGUCCAACGGUAGCGUUCCCGGAGUCGAUUCAAUUCCGACAGGGUCUCAGGACGAUACUCACGGAAUUCCAAUCCCAUUAAACGGUCAGAUCGGGUCCGUGUGUAUAUAUCACGAUGCUGUUUCAGCCAAUCAGGUGAAGAGAUUAUACACAGCGGGACCGAAUAAUUUGACGGUGUUUAACGAGGAUAGUGAGCUGUUGGACUUGCCAGGGAAAAUGGUGCUAUACUAUAAUGCAAGGGCCUGCAGAAAUUCACAUAUCAUGGAUCUCUCAUCUUGUCAGAAUCACGGUCAAUUAUUGGGCCAGAAAUGUGUUACCUGGGAUAUUAAGGAUGUUAUUAACUGUACAGGUGGUAUCCAAGUGCUUUUUCCUCUGCUAGAGCAAGUAAACAGACUUCCUUCACCUCCAGAGAUUAGCAGUCCUGAGUUCAAAUCUCUUGCCAGCCUCAACAAGACCACAGACCAGGAAGAUUGGGUUGUUGUGCCCAGUAGUUCAUACGCAGAUACUAAGUUGGAACAGAACCAAGUGGCCGGUUUCUUGACAUUGUUACGUAACAUGGUACAAACAAAACCGGUAAAUCAGCAAACGUUUAUACAAACAAAUGGUGCAGCUGUCAUUGGGGCUUUGUUACAAAAGGUGAACUCAAAGCUAGUAGAUGUAAAUGUACUAAUGGCUGUACAGCUUUUGGUAGAAGCCACUGCAUCCACCAACAGAACAAUGCUCCUCCAUAUGUACCAGUAUAUACUGUUUGACUUUAGAAUCUGGAGCCGUAGUGACUUCCCUGUCAGAAUAGGUCAUAUACAAUACUUGUCUACAAUAAUCAAGGAUGACAGGAGACAUUUUAGGAAGAUGUUUGGUGUGCAGUAUAUACUUGAUGUUAUCAGAUCACACUACAGUAAUGAUUGUACAUUAUCUGAGGAGGAUGCUAGGACGAUCAGGGUAUCUUUACUUAGUCUGAUCAAAUAUUAUAUUGCCAAAGAUAUUACCAUAGAUGAACUGUCAGCAAUACUUCACUUUAUGAUGGGCUGCAAGGAAGAAAGUUUGAUCUGUGAAGCGUUGGAUAUUUUAAUAUCCCUGCUGGAUGGGGGUAGAAAACAAGACCAGAUUUAUCUGUUGAUGUUUGAACCUCAUAUUGGAGAGAUGUUGUACGGUCUUCUCACUAUCAAGGGCUUCACCAUCAUUUACUAUGAGAAAAUUGUUAAGGUGCUCUACAUACUUCUGAAAACUGAUCGAGUUUAUGAGAAAAGCAAAACCAGGUUAAGACUGACAGAUUGCGGAUACCUCGGGCUGAUUGGUCUGAUACAGGGGUUUGAGGUGUCUGGACCGACUAUCCAAAGAUUUCUAGAACAAGUAACAGUUGUAGAUAACCCCCAGAGUUACAAUGCUGUAUUAGCUGUAUUACAGUUGAUAUAUACUAGUGGAUUUGAUAUUAAACUAGAAGCUAGUCGCCAAAUUCUGUCAAUAUUAGUGUCAAAAAACGGUGGUGCCAAAAGUUUCGCCAAACAGUUAGGAUGGCAGGAAGCCCUUUCUAAACUUUUUAUUCUCCACCCUAUUUCCAUGGAAACAAGUGACCUUGACGUGUUUGACUGUGAUAUAACCAUGGAGAAACAGGCAGACUGUGAUGAAAAUAGAACAAAGGGGGGCGACUCUGAUGAAACCUGUUCAAAGGGAGACGAUUCUGAGCAGAAUGCAGAGACAAGUCCUUUGUUAAGAGAUUAUGGUUCUCCUCAAGGUAUAAGUGCAAUAUCCCCAAACGACUGUGUUCAGAAUGAGGCUACGUCCUCAGAUAUUGUUAACGGCCAUAACUGUGAUAGUGAAAUUGAUCAAAAGAGUGAUAACGGAAAUUGUGAUAGUAGUAAGGAAUUAAGUGUUCAAAAACCGUCCCCUCCAACACAUCUGAAUUUAAGCCCCGGAGGUGAUGCAACUCAUAAAGAAAGUGUAGAGUUCUUCUCAUCUUCUCUAAAUACACCGUCGACCCCUCUCUAUCUAAAAUCUCAACUUUUCGGAGAUCUCGGAGCCUCUGGUCCCGAUGACUAUAUUCAGCCAAUGAGUCGGAGUUCAAGCGCUAGCGCGGAAGAUUUAAGCACCAUUGCUCAAAGAGCCGCAGAACGAAAAUCGCUUCAAAAAGAUGUAAGUUCAUCGUCAAUAUCACAACUCUCGCAAAGUGAAAGUGGGAUAGAUUUAGCGGAAGAGGUGGAAAUGAGGCGGGAUUCGCUGUCAUCAUCUUGGCAUCAGAAUAACACUCACAGGAUGUUGAAUAGUCUAGGACUACGAGGGAGUUUUCUGAUGGACGUGGUAGAGAACUCGGAAGAGUUGUGUCAGAAUCUGCUGAUUAUAUUGUAUACAGUAAUGUGGAAGGGUGUAGAAGGCUCGGAUGAAGCUGCAUGGAAGGAGAGAGGUCAGGUGUUUGCAUGGCUUGACCAUAUCAGUCAGACCAAUGAGCUGAUGUGUCCAGUAGCCGAGUUAAAGAGACGAUUGUUAGAGAUGAUGUUACAUGCUUGUACCACAGACAUCAAAGAUGCUGGUCACUCAUCACAGUCGUAUAUGGAGAAUGCUAUUGAGCUGGUACGGCUGGUCAGAUACUCUCUCUUUAAGAAUGAGGCCAGCAUGGAUGGACAGAUGUACAGUGAAAUGUUACUGGAAGAUGUAAUGAGUUUAUUGGAUAGUUUAGCAGUGUGGGAUGUACCAAGUGGAGCAGGCUGGCAGGAAAUGGUUCAUCUUGGUUUAAGUGUGAUAGUGGCCUUUGCUCAAAACAACAAGUUAGAGCUAUGUGCCAGUGCUACAGCUAGACUUCAUAUGUUGGUACAGACGAAACUGAUUUCUAGUUCUGCUGAGGCGGCUUACCUCAUUGGUCAUCUAAACAUUGUGAUAGUAAAGGCAGUGGAUGAUGAGACGGACAACUACAGUUUCCUGAUACCUGUUAUGAAGGCGUUGAUUGAUAAAUCCUACCAACUUCUGAAUCUCGAUUUAAAUUUGCCCAACUUACCUUCGACAAUGAUGAGCCCAACUUUCUUUGAUGAUUUCAAAACGUACUGUAAGACAGAGGAGUGGACCACCUUCAUCGAGAAUUAUAUUGAACCUCAGAAGCAGCAUUUUACAGAGAACGUGUUCAUGGACUUGACAAAUAAAAUAGCGGAGUUCUGGUCCAAUUGUCAGCAAGAAAUGAUGAUAAACAUGCAUAGACGUAACCGUGAACACGGCGAGAGUAAACUUAAGUUUCAGAGCCAAGUAUUAGAUGUGUACAACAAGAAAGUAAGCAAUGAGGAGAAACGGUUUCAGAAUGUGACAACACAGUUACGUAAUCAGCAUGCUGCUGCCCUGAAACAAUGGAGAGCUGCAAAACGUUUCUUUACUGGUGAGAGGGGAGCUUGGGCUGAAAGGUGUGGUUUCUAUGUUUUACUAGGAGAGGCCAGUAUGCUUAGAGAUAAUCUGGGUGUUGAAGAUAAUGUUUUCAUGGAUGAAAUCAAGCAACUCAUGGUUGCUAAGGAAGCUCUGGUAUCCAAGGAGAACAUUGGGGAUGAUGGGAUAGGAGAUGAAGAUUGGAAUGUGAUGAAUGCACAAAG